CGACUGUCCCGCCUCGGAAAUGACAUUGGAGUGUCAACAUGCAAGAUGGCGGCGCAUCAUCGGCAGAACACGGCGGGGCGGCGGAAAGUGCAGUGCACAGAGCUGCCUACCUCUAAUGGCAAAUGCAAGUUUCAGCUGUAUCUGCCUGCUGUUCAUGGGAGAAAUAUUGAUUAAGCCUGAAAUAACAUUAGAAUCCUUCCAGACAGAGGUGUCCUAUGUGAUUAGAGAUGAAGUGGAGAAGUAUAACCGAAAUGGGGUAAAUGCACUUCAGCUGGAUCCAGCCUUAAAUAGGCUCUUCACAGCAGGACGAGACUCUAUUAUAAGGAUAUGGAGUGUCAAUCAGCACAAGCAAGACCCAUAUAUAGCAUCUAUGGAACAUCACACAGAUUGGGUAAAUGAUAUUGUGCUCUGCUGCAAUGGUAAAACAUUGAUAUCUGCUUCUUCAGAUACUACUGUUAAAGUCUGGAAUGCACAUAAGGGAUUUUGCAUGUCAACACUAAGGACGCAUAAGGAUUAUGUGAAAGCCUUAGCAUAUGCAAAAGACAAAGAACUGGUAGCAUCUGCUGGGCUGGACAGACAGAUUUUCCUCUGGGAUGUAAAUACUCUAACAGCACUGACUGCCUCAAAUAACACCGUAACAACUUCUUCCCUGAGCGGGAACAAAGACUCAAUCUACAGCCUUGCAAUGAAUCAAAUGGGAACAGUUAUUGUAUCAGGGUCCACUGAAAAGGUUCUAAGGGUGUGGGACCCGAGAACUUGUGCAAAACUAAUGAAACUCAAAGGGCACACAGACAACGUAAAAGCGUUGUUGUUGAACAGAGAUGGCACACAGUGUCUUUCAGGCAGCUCUGAUGGGACUAUCCGCCUCUGGUCCCUUGGGCAGCAGAGAUGUAUAGCCACAUAUCGAGUCCAUGAUGAAGGUGUCUGGGCUCUGCAGGUCAAUGAAGCCUUCACUCAUGUUUAUUCAGGAGGAAGAGACAGGAAGAUUUAUUGUACAGAUUUACGAAACCCUGAUAUCCGUGUCCUUAUCUGUGAAGAAAAGGCACCAGUUCUUAAGAUGGAGCUUGAUAGAUCAGCUGAUCCUCCUCCAGCACUUUGGGUUGCAACAACUAAAUCCUCUGUGAAUAAAUGGACUUUGAAGGGAAUUCAUAAUUUUAGAGCAUCCGGAGAUUAUGAUAAUGAUUGUACCAAUCCCAUACCGCCCCUGUGUACACAGCCUGACCAAGUUAUAAAAGGGGGUGCUAGUAUUAUUCAGUGCCACAUUCUUAAUGACAAGAGACACAUAUUAACCAAAGACACGAAUAAUAAUGUGGCAUACUGGGAUGUCUUGAAGGCAUGUAAAGUUGAAGACCUUGGGAAAGUAGAUUUUGAAGAAGAAAUUAAGAAGAGAUUUAAAAUGGUGUAUGUGCCAAACUGGUUCUCAGUAGACUUGAAAACUGGGAUGUUGACAAUUACUUUGGAUGAAAGUGACUGCUUUGCAGCCUGGGUUUCAGCAAAAGAUGCUGGAUUUAGCAGUCCAGAUGGUUCUGAUCCAAAAUUAAACCUUGGAGGGCUUCUGCUACAAGCACUUCUGGAAUAUUGGCCUAGGACACAUAUCAAUCCAAUGGAUGAAGAAGAAAAUGAAAUAAAUCAUGUGAAUGGUGAGCAGGAGAACAGAGUCCAGAAAGGAAAUGGAUACUUUCAAGUGCCGCCACAUACCCCAGUUAUUUUUGGUGAGGCUGGAGGACGCACCUUGUUCAGGUUAUUAUGUCGGGAUUCAGGGGGUGAAACUGAAUCUAUGCUUCUUAAUGAAACUGUGCCACAAUGGGUAAUUGACAUCACUGUAGAUAAAAAUAUGCCCAAAUUCAAUAAGAUUCCCUUCUACCUCCAACCUCAUUCAUCAUCAGGGGCAAAAACUCUGAAAAAAGACCGACUGUCAGCAAGUGAUAUGCUUCAGGUGAGAAAGGUGAUGGAACAUGUGUAUGAGAAGAUUAUAAACUUGGAUAAUGAGUCUCAGACAACUAGCUCUUCCAAUAAUGAAAAAGCAGGAGAACAAGAAAAAGAGGAGGACAUUGCUGUGCUAGCAGAGGAGAAGAUUGAGCUUCUGUGCCAGGACCAGGUUUUGGAUCCGAAUAUGGACCUUCGAACUGUAAAGCACUUCAUUUGGAAGAGUGGUGGUGAUCUGACGCUUCAUUAUCGCCAGAAGUCAACGUGAGGGGAGAAGUGGACCCAAGUGGUUACUUAAGUACCUGACCAUACUGUACUGGUUCCAAGAGUAGUACUAUAGAAGCCCACUGAACCCCUAAGGUAGAUGAGACUUCUAAUGACUCAGUAUGGAUGGAAAGUAUACAUUUAAUUGAAGUGACUAAUAGAUCUGUAAUAUAGAGGAAAAAAAAAAUCUGUAUGACUUAAACUAAAGUCUGUCCUAGUCUCAGCCAAUGAGAUGGGAAAUCCCUGAGUGGUUCAUGUUGUGUGAGGUGUACAGAGAAUGGAUCAUAAUCCAGUGCAGACUUUUGCUUCCUCUUUUUUGCUUUUGUUUCUUUUCCAGAACAUAAUAUCCUCACCUGCUCAUGCUUGAUCUGAAACCAUUUUGGCUGUGUUAGUCACUGUGUUCACACUAUAAUUCAGAAGUGCACACGAGUUGGUUUUCUUUUUAGUACAUUCCAGUCAUAAUAUUCCUACAGUGAUUUCUCACAGGUUACUCAAACAUUUCUACCACUUAAAGAAAUUUGGAGAAGAAAAACAAAAGAAACAAGUAUUGCAUAUUUGAAAGGGUUGGCCCAUUUAAUUACAAGUGAAGGGUUAACAGGAGACUUGUUUUAAUACUGCAAGGGAGUUGUUGCUUUGAGAGCUGUUGAUGUGCAGAAUAAGAACACUAGAUACAUGUUGUAGCAGGGUCAGUCCAAUGAUGCUGUUCAUAAAAAUAGAGUGAACAUGCUUUGCAGCAUCUUCAAGAUUUCCUUUUAAAAUCUAUAUAAGUACUUCCUGCACUGUGUCCUAGGUGUUCUGAAGACAUGCUAGUCUCAUUUUUGGUAUCUGUGCUCCAAAACUUUACAUGACAUUUUGUUAAAACUUCAAACCAUUCUGAAAAUAACUUCCAGUGUUUAAUGUUAAACUUUAGAAGCGUCUAAGUAUAUUUCAUAUUCAUGAUAUAAAAAUACUUAUUCUUCUUUUCGGAAGUUUUAUAUGCAGUUGUUCUUUUGUUAUAGAUUUAUGCAGAUCUUCUUUUCACUGUUAUUUCUAUAAAUCUGUGACUGUCAUAGAUUCAUAGUAGUCUUUUUAUAGAGUUUAACUUAUUGGGGGGAGGGGGUAAAGGCAUUUCAGCGUUGCGUGAGAAAAUGUGGGGCUGUCCCAGAAAAACAUUUGUAGCCAGAGCAAAUUGCAAAUCCUCAUAAAGAAAUGGUGUAAAAAUGACUCUUGUCUGGAGCAGAAGCACAAGUGCCUUCAAAGGGCAGUAUAUUAUUAAGAGUUUCUUUGGGAGACAUACGCUCUUGCGCUUCCUGUAUCUUGCUAUCAAGAUCUAGGUUGAGGACUAAAGAAAGUCCCAAUAAAUUCUAUUACUGGAAUUGUAUUGGUCAAACAAAAAGUAAAGUAUUUUUCCAUUGUAUUUUGUUUGAAAAAAAUAGUCAAAUCAUUCCCUUCUGCACUCUUAACCUAAACAAAGUCACUGCUUGAACAAAAGCUAUGGUUCACCACUAAGCUAGCAUGUCUUUUUCCCCAGCUUUUAAGAGUCACUUUAAGUUUUUAAUCCCCACUGCUGUGUAUGCUCAGUUUGACACAAUUGUGCUCUAACUGCACAUUCGUAGUGAUGUUUGUGAAUUAAAUGGUUAAACAGAACUGUAACCUUUAUGGAUAAAUUGUGCUGACUUGUAUUUAUUAAUAGCAAGGGCAUAUGCUUGUUCCCAUAGGCACUGUUUGGGGAUUUUUGGUUUUCUUUUUUGGGUUGUCUUGCUGUCUUGUUAUACACAUUGGAAUUGCUCCCAGUGAUUUUGGUUGAAAUCGGCCAAGGUUGUAAUUUUUCUUUUCUUUUUUUUUUCCUAAUAAUUUUGAAACACAGUUUCAGGAAAGAUUGACAAGAAUAGUCUGCAAUGCAGGAAGGGUAAAUGAUGUUUCACAGUUGUAUAGAAUAAAAGGCUUUAGCUAAAAUA